GGAGGAGGCGAGUCAGAGUAUAAAGCCCAGCCGCUUGGCUUCAGCUGAUACAGAUGCUCAGAUUUUCGACACACAUAGAUAUCUCCUCUCACGACUUGUAGAUCCUGUCGACCCGCUGAAAACAACAACAUGCUUCGACGGUAUGUUGUGUUGCUGCUCUGUGGCCUCGCCACUGUCUCUCUGGCAGCGCCAGUCCAUCAGGAUGUCGCCGGAGAUGAAAGAAGCGAAGCUCUUCUGGAAGACCUGAAUGAUGACCAUGGCACAGAGAUAUCUUUAAGCAGCACUGAAGCUCUUUCGGAAUCAGACGAGUCCACUCCCUCGCCAGGUGAACCAGACAUUGAUGAAGAAACUUCUGAAAUAGAGACGCCACAAGAACAAGAGAACUCUGAAUCACAAGACACCAGCGAUGGAGGAACUUCCAACAUGGACAGCUUGGACGAGUCCACAGAUGCUACAGAUGAUAACCAGGGUGACUCGGAUGACCUCUUGUCAAAAACAGAAGAUUCUGAGACAACUGAAUCACAAGAUUCUGACGACCAGAGUGACUCAUCAGAGUCAGUGGAGAAAAGUGACGAAUCAGAGAAUGUCUGGCUGGAUGAGCAAGAGUCAGACACAGAUGAACAAUCCUCUCCUCCUGAAGGCAGCGACACCCCCUCAGAGACCAAUGAGUCCUAUGAAAUGCUCGAAGAUGUGAACCAGAGUCAGGAAGAGAGUGAUGAAUCCAGCUUAGAAAACUCUGACAUAUCCGAGGAUUCUGAGGACAAUGAUGCCAAUUCAUCAGAACCCUCUGAAGUUAGAGGGUUGGAUGCAGAUCAUUUUUCUGAGGAUCUGAAAACAAGCGAGAAAGAAGAGCAGACAGACGAGCCCGAUUUACCAGAAGACCCAGAGGAGCCAAUUACCGAGGACUCAAGUUCUCCAGAGCAGUCAGAGGAGCUUCAAUCAACAAAAGAGAUUCAGGAGCAGUCUGAGGAGUCCAAUGAGUCUAAGGUGUCUGAUGCAACAGAAGAGUCUGAUGAGUCCAAUGAGUCUAAGGUGUCUGAGGUGUCUGAUGCCACAGAAGAGUCUGAGGAGUCCAAAGAGUCUAAGGUGUCUGAGGUGUCUGAUGCAACAGAAGAGUCUGAUGAGUCCAGUGAGUCUAAGGUGUCUGAGGUGUCUGAUGCCACAGAAGAGUCUGAGGAGUCCAAAGAGUCUAAGGUGUCUGGGAAGCCUGAAGAUGAAACAUCAGAGGUUAAUCAGGGAAAUUAUGAAGAGAAGGCUAGAAGACAAGAAUCAGAGAUGAUUGACAGUGAAAGUGACAGCGAUGAUGAUGAUAGCACGAUAAAACACCCUGGUCAACAUCCAAAUUCUGAGGCCACCGACGAAAAGGAUGACAGCCAGGACUCUGACAGUGAUGAGAUCAGUACAGCAGUACCCACAACUGCACACCCAACUUUACCCUCAACUGCAGUGCCAACUCCACCCCCUGACACUAAGCCCCCCACCAUCCCAGCUUAAGAAGCGCAGCCUCUGAACUGUGGAUGCUCACCAACAGACAGAACGAAGCCCACAGCCUCCACAGUGGACUACGAUUGCCAUGACAAAAAGUUAAACUGCAUCUGAAUUUCUGCUUCCUGUUUGUCUGGAGUUUCCACAGUUUUUUUUCCUGAUUUUUUUUUUUUGUUGCGAGCUGCUUUAGGAUUAAAGAUAAAUAUUAUAAUAAAUGUGUCUUCCUCCUUUUCUCCAGCUGAAUCUCUGAUGUGUUCUCUCUUUUUUUAACUCUAACUCACCCUUUUUGUUCCAUUGCCUGUUUGUUUGCGGAAACAUUAAACCAGCUGCUGAUCUCAGAUCUGCUCUGUGUGUGUCUGAUUUCACACAUUAACGUGUACAUCGUUUACUUUACAAACGUUAAUGAUUAUUUUUGAAAGAAAAUGAGGGAUGACUGGUCAACGAUUGUACACAAGAAACGGCUAAUAAAGUUUGAAUUGUCAGAAA